UACGAAAAUUGGUUUGAAUCGCUUACAUCGCGAACUAUCCCCAGACUGACAAUUGAUCCACGAGAGCGAGAAAAAGUUUUCGCAUAUCUGCAGUACAUUAAGGUACUCUAUCGCUCACAGCAACUCUGCGCUCAUUUGCCAUGCGAUAUGGCUCAAAGUUACUUGCUUGAUGAACUUGACAAGUUACCUAAAAAUGAAGAAAUUAGUGCAAUUUUUGCCAGUUCCAAUUUGCGUAUGCGGCUUGAUGGACAACAAUACAGAAAUGCCCUUUACGAAAAAUUAUUGAAUGUAAUUCGGGACGAGUUUCAUAAUAAGCCUGAUGGUCGUGUGAUUGUAUUCGUACGAACUCGUGAGUUUGCAUGCCGUUUGAGUAGGGCGUUCGAUUCGGAUCAGGUCCUCAGCGGUUUGAAUGUCCGGACUAAAAUGAUUACGGGUAUCAAUGUGUCAUGUGAGGAAGGUGGACAGAAUGCGAAUGUGCAACGUGAUAACCUAACGGACUUCGCGAACGGCAAAGUGAAAGUGCUCUUUGCAACAUCAGUGGCCGACGAGGGGAUUGACAUACAGAAAUGUACACUUGUUAUCAAGUAUAACUAUACAACAAAUGAAAUUGCGCAUGUACAACGAAGAGGCCGAGGAAGGGCUAAAGAUUCAAGAUGCCUACUGUUGACACAUGAUAAGAAGCUGAAGGAACGUGAAGACCAGAAUAUCCUGCGAGAGAGGUUGAUGAAUAUGGCUCUGGAAGUGAUCGAUCGUCAAUCGAGCACGUGGUUUAAGCAAGAGGUAUGA